UUUUUUUUAAAGAUUUUGUUUAAUUUUACAAAAAUUGAUGCAACUUCCUUCAAAACUGAGCUAGAAGCUUCGAGUCAAAUGCAUUUUAAAAGUCUUGUUCUGUCUAAUGGUUCUAUUUUUAUUGGUUACAGGGGGGGGGGUGCACUCAUUACACCCCCUGGCUAUGCCUAUGUUAGCUAUGGUAACCAGGUGAAUAUGCCAUCCCCAUUUUCCACGACUUUUCCAAAGUUUUGCUUCUAUCUUUGUCAUCAUAAUAGCUCUGGUGUAUAUGAAAUUUUAAUCAAAUGGAAGCUAAGUCAUUUUGUUUUUUGCAGACAUCUUUUGAAUUUUAUCACAGGAAAGGGCCCAGUGUCCCUCAAAUUGAUAUAUCAGUACAUAGGCCAUUGGGGAGGACCACGGGGGUCUACUAGGAUGCAUUUGGGGGCCACGGGGGGCCACUGGAAUAUGCUUGGGGCCACCAGGGUGCUUUUAGGGGUCACAGGGGGCCACCAGGGUGCUUUUGAUGGCCAUGAGGAGUCAUUUGCAUGCUUCAGGCAGCCUCAGGGGGCCACUAGGAUGGUUUCAAGGGCUACUUAGAUGCUUUUAGGGGGCAUAAUGGGGCCCUUGGAUGCGUUUUGGGCCGCUGGGUGUCACUGGUAUGCUUUUUGGGGGCAACUAAAAAUGAUUUUUGGGUCCACAGGGGCCCAUUGGAGUGCUUUUAGAGGUCACAUGGGGCCACUGAGAUGCUUUUUGGGGUCACAGGGGCCCAAUAGGAUGCUUUCGGGGGCCACUAGGAUGCUUUUAGGGGGCAGAGUGGGACCACUUGGAUGCUUUUUUGGGCCGCUGGGUGUCACUAGUAUGCUUUUGGGGGCCCACUAAAAUGAUUUUGGGGUCCACAGGGGCCCAUUGGAGUGCUUUUAGAGGCCACCUUGGGCCACUGAGAUGCUUUUUUGGGUCACAGGGGGCCAAUAGGAUGCUUUCGGGGGCCACUAGGAUGCUUUUAGGGGGCAUAAUGGGGCCACUUGGAUGCUUUUUGGGCCACUGGGUGUCACUAGUAUGCUUUUAGGGGGCCACUGGGGCGGCAAAUGGGAACUUUUUGGGCCACUGGGGACCAAUAGAAUGAUUUUAGAGCCCAUUGAAGUGCCACUUGGGGCCACUGAGAUGCUUUUUGGGACCACAGGGGGCCAAUGGGAUGCUUCUGGGGGCCACUAGGAUGC